AUGUUCAACGGAUUCCCAAAAGGGUUGUCAUACUCAUCUUGGCUUUUAACUGCUAAGCACUUAUCACCAGCUUACGAUUAUGUUGACUUUGCAAAUUCGCUUUCUAGCACCAAAGAAAAUACCAACCGUAGCUACAGCAAUAUAAUGAGAAAAGCAUUACAUGAUGCCGAAGGAGAAGAAAAAACGAAGAUUGCAGACGUCAUCAACACGUUCAACUCGCGAAGUAACCCAACGUCGGCUUUCGAUCAACAAUACGCGACUUACUGGUUGGAGCGUGAUAAGAAAGAUACUGAUGAACGAAUGUCCAAGAGACAAAGAAUAGCAGCCGAAGCAACCAACGAAGCAGCCUGCUCUUACUUUGAAGCUAUAAUUUCUAAAGGUUUUAGCGGAAAACAUCACUUAAGACUAACAAAUAAAAAUUAUUAUCCAGAUCGCCCAAACGGCUUCAGGUCGGCCGACUCCGAAGUAGGUACUCAAAGGAACGAUAAAGUGGAUGACGAUUUGAAAGAACUAGAAGAUGUUGUUUUUAAAGAAUUUGAAGAAAAGAUUAUUUACUUAGACCAAGAAAAAUACAAGAAAUCAAAAAAUGGUAAUGCAAUAACUCUUUUCUUGUCUAACAUUACAAAUAUUCCGUCGAAACAACUUUCAGAUGAUUGUCAACUUCUCCUUGAAAAAAUUCGUAAUUGUGCAGCAAGCUCAAGAAUAAUUAGGUCAACUAUCAGAUCCCAUGUUCUCACUAUGGAAAGACCUUUCGAUCUCGUUGCUCAACUGAGAAUAACCAAAUUAGUUCUAUCUAAAUUCUACGGAAAUAGCCUCAACCUAAUAGAUAGCCCCAGAAAUCCAUUGCAACAGCAACAGCUAGAGCGGAACACAGCAUUUCUCACUACUAUUCCAAUUUUACAUAACUUGUUUAUUUCAUAUAAUGAUAUAAUUGAUAUGCAGUGGCAUAUAACUCAUACACUACAUAGGGUUGAACGACAAGCAAGAUCAACAGGAAAUGUAAAGUGGGAUGGUGUUGCUUUUCUUGUAAAAAAUAAGAAGAUUACACCGUUUUUUGUUGAGUUAUCAGGAGGCAUUGAUUUUAACAGCGGCGCUGACAAAGAAAUAGGAGACGAAGAAAAACUGAUCAAGCAUUUUAUCAAAACGUUAAAAGUGAAGAAAGCUGAAGGUAUUGAAAUACCAAAUUUGAAUAUCUAUUUUGAGUCCUUGACUUACUAUGAAGACUAUUAUAUCAAACGCACUUACAUUGUAUUAACUUGUCCUUCGACACCUACAGAGCUUAAGCUGUUUGUUGAGAAAAUUCCUCAGAUAUUUGAAUACCGUCAAGGCAUCCUCGAUCAACUUACAACCAACUAG